AUGGAACAAGGACCAUGUCAGCCACGACCGCGGACGAUCAGCCAGAUGUCCAAGGCGGAGCUCCUCAGCCAGGCUACGCGACUUGGACUCGUGGUCCACCGGACCUGGGCGGUGGAGGAGAUCAAGGCAGUGAUCAUGGAACACAGGGAGAGCCUGAAAGAGAAGGACCCCGUGGAACAGAUGCGGAGAGUGACACACAUGACUUUGUCACAGUUGGAGGCGAAGGCGACCGACUUGGGCAUCGAUUUUCCAACGGGGACGACAAAAGGCAACCUCAUGCGCCUGAUCCGCGACAGCAUCAACACUCCCGAUCAAGAACUGAUGAAGAUAGGGAAAAUUUCGAGGAUUUCAGUUUGUGGAAAUCCCCGAGAGCUACUGCGAGUGGGUGGCGCGAGAGCUGACUGUCUCGAGGAGCCCGGACCCAGAGUUGGUCCGCCUGCGCAACUGGUACCAGCUUCGCAAGCAGAGGCUUUCGGAAGGGUGCGCCACCACCCCGACAACACCUCCGUACCCGAGCGGGUCGACCUCAGUGGCGAACGCAGAGCCGGCAUCCACGACACGAUCUUUGAGGAGCACGAGCCCGGUUUCGAGCGCUACGGCAAGAUCGUCGGACUGGGGAGUGGUGAGCGACAGGAGCUCAAGGACGAGGCGCCGGGGACAUCAGGACACGAUCGAGGAAAAGGAGAUGGAGGCGGAUGUCGACCCGAAGACCGCAGCGGAGAUCGCGGAGCUGGAGAUGCGCCUGGCAGUCCUGAAAGACAAGGCCACUGGGAGGGGCAAGUGAGCGAGCAGAGCGAGUCCGAGGUGGACGGCUUGGGGGGCGACACCUCGGAAGGCGACUCCUAUGACGCCUCCCGAUUUUGUGAUCCCAAUUUGGGUGAUACCAGCAGCCGAGGUGGAAGCCACGACCGUAAGUGUUGCGGAACUGCCGAGGCAGUUCUGACGAUCUCCGAACGGGAGUUUGUCCAAUCCUUUUCCUGCAAGCACGAGGUCUUUGCCGUCGAGCAGGGCUUCGACUCAGCCAGCGAUGGCGUCCACUUCUACGACAUCGAGGACGAGACCUCCGAGCACCAUGACGAGCCCGACCACCUGGACGGGCACCUCCUGUACGAGUGCCGCGACCUCACUCUUGAUGAUGAGGUCACCUUCUUCUAUGACAGCGGCGACUUCUCCUUUGCGACCCUCCUCGACCUCUUGGAAAAGCACCAGGCCAAGCUGCAGAAGCACGGCACCAAGAGGACGAAUGUCAUAGACCCCGGCACUGAGGUCUACUGCCCCUUUGGCGCGUUCGUCCUCGGGGGCGUGAAGGGGGUGACCAAGGCCACCACCGAGAACACUGCACUGGUGCGUUACCUCAACGCGUUUGCGAAGGCCCAUGUCGGGCCAGAAGCUACAUGGAGCUCCAUCAUCAUUAUGAAGGGUGUGCACUCGAAAGUACACCACGACUUCCACAACCUCACCGGCUCCUGGAAUUACUGCGCAGGGCAAAGGAGGCGACCUGUGGGUGGCUACCCCCGACAUCACCGACCAGGACGCGCUGGACCAAUGGAUGGCUACCCGGGCGAGCCACACCCAGCGAAGAGACCUUUGUCAAGUUCGACCCUGCCGGGAAGCAUGCCGUACUACCUGGAUAUGAGGCUGGGUGGCACUUGGUGUGUUACACUACGCGGAGUGCCACCGAGCUGGACAACAACCGCACUAAGCCAUCCGGCCCAGACACAGCCCAUCCACGACCCCAUUGUCAUGUUCGAGAUAGGCGGCCUGGACGGAACCGUGGAGGCGACCGACCUCGGGAAGGCCGUCAUGGAACCCAUGAGCUGGGAGGAGUAUUCUGAUCCCGACUAUGUCGAGAAGGCGUUCCACACGGUGCGCGGAGCAACCCCCCGAGAACUACGACUGCACCUCCACAAGGCGCCCGACAGUGUCAAGGAGGACCUCAAAGGACUUGUGUGGGAACAACUGGAGACCGGCGAGACUGUGGUCGUGCAGGGCGACUGUCCGAACGACUUCAUCGAAGACCUCCACGACUACCUCAUCUACCAGAGCGCGCAAGGCGACGAAGGCUGGACAGUCCUGGCCAAGCCAAAGGGGCGGAACAGUUCGUCCCUGGAGACCUUGUACCACAUCAAGUCUGCGUGGUCGAGAAUGAGGGAGCCGGCGCUCCACUGCCUUAUGAACGACCUCUUUGAUGGAA